AUGGAUCUCUUUCAUUUACUAGGAAGCGGAGCGACAUUCAACAAGAAUCGCUUCAAAGGCGAUGUCCAGCUCUUUGAGGCUGCUACUGACUCUCAAAUCGUUGUAGCCAAGAAAAAGAACGAAGUUGCCACAAAUUCCGAAUUGCGUGACAAGCUCCUUGACGAAAUUGACUUUUUCAAGACAACUCACACUGUUGUUGGAACUCCAACUAAGCAAGCAAAGAAGAACGAUGCACCAACAGCAAAAGCAUUCCGUAAAGAAUCUCAGAUUCGUGUAUACGGUUCCGAUGUUCCCAACCCAUUCCGUACUUUUGAAGAUUUAGCAUCACCUCCUUACAACCUCAAUCCAACUAUCUACAGAAACCUGAUGCAAAGCGAAUACAAGACACCUACAGCCAUUCAAAUGCAGUCUGUUCCAAUUAUGCUCAAAGGUCGUGAUUUGAUUGCUUGUGCACCUACAGGUUCGGGUAAGACUCUUGCCUACCUUCUUCCUCUCCUCCAGGAUUUGAAGAAACCUGAGAAGACAGGAUACCGCGCAUUGAUUAUUGCGCCAACCCGAGAACUUGCACAGCAGAUCGACCGUGAGAUUCAAAAGCUCAGUGCAGGCACUAAAUUGAAAACUCGUGUAUUGGCAAAAUCAACAUACGCCACAAAGGCACAGACACCCAAGGAAAAACAGAAGUUUGAUAUCUUGAUCAGUACACCUAUGAGAUUGGUUUAUGCAAUCAAAGAAAAAGAGAUCGAUUUGACAAACAUUCGUCACUUGAUUCUUGAUGAAGCAGACAAAUUGUUGGAUCUUGGAUUUUUGGAUCAAACAGAUGAAAUCUUUGCAGCUUGUUCUGCUCCAAGCGUAAGAAAAUCACUUUUCAGUGCUACAUUCUCAUCCACAGUCGAACAACUGGCCAAGACAGUCAUGAGAGAUCCUCUUAGAGUUGUGGUUGGUACAAAGAAUGCAGCAACAGACACAAUUGACCAGAAGUUGCUUUUUACUGGUACUGAAGCAGGAAAGAUGGUGGCCUUGCGUCAAUUUAUCCAGACUGGUAUAAAACCUCCGGUCCUUAUCUUUGUUCAGUCUAUCGAUCGUGCAAAGGAACUUUUCAGAGAACUUGUAUACGAGGGUAUCAAUGUAGAGGUCAUCCACUCUGAAAGAACCAAAUUACAGCGUGAUAACAUUAUUGAUCAAUUCCGGGUGGGAAAGAUCUGGGUACUUAUUGCUACCGAAUUGAUGGCGCGUGGUUUGGAUUUCAAGGGUGUUAAUCUUGUAAUCAACUACGAUAUCCCAAGAAGUGUUGCUAGUUAUAUUCAUCGAAUUGGUCGUACUGGUCGUGCUGGUCGCCAGGGUGAGGCUAUAACUUAUUACACAAAGGAUGAUAUGGACUAUAUGCGAAGUAUCGUGAAUGUCAUGAAAGAGUCUGGAUGUGAGGUACCGGAUUGGAUGCUCAAAUUGAAGAAACAGAGUCGUAAGGGAAUGAACAAGCUGAGAAAGGCAGGUGCAGAACGUGAACAGAUUGACACAAUGUCAAGAUAUGAUAAGAAGCGUAAUGCACAGAAGAAGGAAAUGAUUGAUGCUUCUAAAAAGCGAAAAGAGAAACAAUUAGAGGAAGGUGGACAGGCCCCAAGAGCCAAAAAAGCCAAAAAAGCCAAGAAUUCUGAAGCAGCAGUAACAGCAACAUCAACAUCAUAG